AAGCAUCGCGCGAGCUACUAUACGGCGCGCACGAUCGAAAAUCGUGAUUUCUUCUUAUCAGCACUUCACACUCGCGCAAGCGAAAGUGCUUGUGUUGUCGAAUGAGCUUUUAGCAGAGGCGUAGAAGGCAGGAGGGCAGGAGCGCAGCAGGAGCGGCGCGGUAUCAAUGCGUUCACCAGACAACAUCGGAGCCUUCAGGAAUAAAGACGGGAAGCAGUAGAUUCCACAGGAAUUUUGCACAGUGCACAGAGUGCCAUCGUCUCCGAAUGAUCAACCAUGGGGGAGUGGACAAUAUUAGAGCGUCUCUUGGAGGCUGCUGUCCAGCAGCACUCUACUAUGAUCGGAAGGAUCCUGCUAACUGUGGUGGUGAUCUUCCGGAUUCUGAUCGUAGCUAUAGUUGGAGAGACUGUCUAUGACGACGAGCAGUCCAUGUUCGUGUGUAACACUUUGCAACCAGGAUGCAACCAGGCGUGUUACGACAAGGCAUUCCCCAUCUCCCAUAUCAGAUAUUGGGUAUUUCAGAUAAUCAUGGUGUGCUGUCCUAGCCUCUGCUUCAUCACAUACUCUGUGCACCAGUCUGCCAAGCAGAAGGAGCGGAGGUUCUCCACGGUGUACCUCUCCCUAGACAAGGACCAGGAUUCCAUGAAGAGAGACGACAGCAAAAAGAUUAAAAACACCAUCAUUAACGGAGUACUUCAGAACACAGAAAACUCCACGAAAGAAGCGGAGCCUGACUGUUUGGAUUCGAAGGACAUUCCCAAUUCGGCCAUGAGAACUACUAAGUCUAAAAUGAGGCGACAAGAGGGCAUCUCAAGAUUUUACAUCAUCCAAGUGGUUUUCAGAAAUGCGUUAGAGAUAGGGUUUUUGGUGGGUCAAUAUUUCCUGUAUGGAUUCAAUGUCCCUGCGGUGUAUGAGUGUGAUCGAUAUCCCUGUAUCAAAGAUGUUGAAUGCUAUGUUUCAAGACCAACCGAGAAGACCGUGUUUCUGGUCUUCAUGUUUGCGGUCAGUGGCGUAUGUGUUCUUCUAAACUUGGCUGAACUCAAUCACCUUGGCUGGAGGAAGAUCAAAACUGCUGUGAGAGGUGUGCAGGCGAGAAGGAAGUCAAUCUAUGAGAUCCGCAACAAAGAUUUGCCAAGGAUGAGCAUGCCCAACUUCGGUCGCACUCAGUCGAGUGACUCUGCGUAUGUGUAGCCUAACGCCCAGUAGCUGAAAGUGAAGGGAGACAUGGGACCCUUGUACAAAUAAUUCUGUAUCUAUUUAUGAGGAAUGUGGUGGACAGUGUAUCUCACCGACCUCAGUGAUGAAGUGGGUGGGGUAGCGAUUUAAUUUGUCUUUAACGGACAACUAAAACAGACCAAACAUUUAUUUGUCAUAUUUAUGAGAAGGCACUGAUGCAACUUUUAUUAUCAUUUAUAUAUUAUGAAGUGCUUCUUAAAAGCAGAAGCUAGUCUCUAAUCAAUGUUUUCUUAUAGUCAAAGGUAUAAAUACUUGCACUAAAUAUGAAUACAGCGAGCCAAAAAGAAGGCCUAUCCGGUGUGUGCUGUGAACGGUGUUUUUACGACAUUCCAUUGGUUUUUAGACACCUCAAACUACCAUAGCAAUGAAAUACAUCAUCAGGCAAUUUGGGAGACACGUUUAAGACUAAUUAUAGCCUAGAGAUUAAGUAAUUCAGUUAAUUAAUUCCUGUAUUAUGUCAAUCAUCUCAUCUCUUUACUUUUGGAUUUAUUACAUAAAUAAUUGUCGAUGUAUUGGUUGCCUGCGCUAGCACCACUGUCCUUAACCUAAACGAUCACUAUCUUCGCUUGCUGUGCAGCAGAGUAGGACUUUGGAAACGGGCUGCAGACGGCUGUGAUCUGUCUUUUCUUCUUUUCACCCAAGCGCCCACUGCUUUCGUUUGUUAAAUAUAUUUCUUGAUUUUGUGUCAUCAAGUGCCAUACAUGUACAUAAAUAUAAACAUGAUAUAUAGAUAUAUAUAUAGAAUAUUAUAACCUUCAUCCUCAGAAAUGCAUAUUUCAAAUAUAAAUACCUGUUGCAGAUUUUGAUGCUGUCGUCCUCUUCUAUUUGAACAACUGUGGUUUAUAUGGAAAUGGUAUGCUACUAAUAUUGUCAUCUAUGAUUUUAUUUAGCAACACAAACAAUCAAAAAAACAACCAUAGCGUAUUCAAGAUAUAUUGGUCAUGAUUAAAUUUACAGUGCAAAUUUGAUUACAGGCAAUAAAUGCCAGUGGUGCUACCAGUUUCCAAAUGAAACUCCAUUUGAACUCCAUCAUUGUCUAAACACCCUGAAUGGUGAAAAAGUCUAAAAU